CGCGCACUUGCUAAUUUCCGAGGUUGCUCAGUGGACUCGUUUUGACCACUGCAUCCAAAGCGUCUUCGCUAGUUCUUCUCAAAAAAUGUUACCACCAGCCUUCCAAGGUUGUCGCCAUGCCAUUCACGCUGGUCCAAGUAACACCCAGGCUUCCAGUCAACAUGCGUUAUUACGCUGCUUCCUGAACCCUGACAUUCUUCCACCUGAUCAGGAUGCGAUACCACAUUAAGAUGAUAUGCCAAGAAUUAGCCAUCAGCAGAGUCGUCUACGAAGCCUAUAGGCGGUGGCAUUUUAUGGGUCUUUAGUCACUCGAUCCUACUAACCCCAUACAUAAAACCCGCAGUGUCCCCAGCAUACGCCACGUAAAGUACUUGCACUUGCACCACUUCUAUCACCUUCAGCAUGACCACCAAAACCGAUGUCGUUAUAUCUUCUUGCGAGACGGAGCAAGACUUCAGGCAGGCACAACACUGUCUUUCUGAAGCCUUCGGUCACCAAGCAAAAGAUGCCCUUUGGCAACUGAUGACACCCGGCUGGGACACGGAGGAAGGACAGGCGAAGCAAGCUCAGAUCCUGAUGAAGAGAUGGCAGUCCAUCACCACCAACAAAGACGGACAACCCAAUGCUCUCUAUCUCAAGGCCACCGUGCCUGAUCCGGAUAACCAGGGCGAAAGACGAGUUGCUGGAAUAGCCAUCUGGAAGCAGCUAUCGUUCGUGGAAGGCUAUGGCGACCCGUUCUACGGCGACAUGGAGGAAGCUCUCACUGAUUACGACGACCAGAAACGGCGGUUUGCAACGCAAAUGUUCAACUCACUAUGGAAACGACGUAUCGCAUACAUGCGAGAGGUCGAGAAGUCAGGCCGCAAUCCCCCCGCCAUCUUUACAUUGGACUGUUGUGCUGUUGACCCAGCAUACCAGCGUCGCGGCAUUGCUGCCAAGCUGGUUGAGGUCGGCCUUGAGGAGGCAAAGAAGAGGGGCAACUUGGAGUGUACAACAGAGGGAAGCGUUAUGGGAAGACCUGUCUACAGGAAACUAGGUUUCAAGGAUGAGGGUACAGGAGAUAUCCCGUGGGAGGUGGAUGCAGAGUUCGAGACCUGGGACAAGCCGCCGAACUGGGGCAAUUCAAGCUACCCCACCAGGGUCAAAACAUCCACGAUACGUCUCGCCCCUAGCAUGACGAUCGUCGACGUCCACACCCAUGUUUACCCUCCCAAAUACAUGGAGCUACUGCGCUCACGAACCACCGUACCAUACGUUCGAACGUUUCCCGAUGCCCCAGACUCAGCACGUCUCAUCAUUCUUCCUGGAGAAGAUGACCCUUCAACACCUUCAACCUCACGCGGCCGCCCAAUUGGCUCCGAAUACUACGAGAUUAAAGAGAAGAUAGCGUUCAUGGACCUGCACAAGAUUGACAAAUCAGUCAUCUCGUUAGCAAAUCCUUGGCUCGACUUUCUUCCCGCAGAGGAAGCUGGCGAAGCAGCGAAGAAGAUCAACGACGAUGUCAAUGACCAAUGCUCACAGUAUCCCGGCCGACUCUACUUCUUCGGCACCCUUCCACUUUCCGCAUCGCCAGAAGUCAUAACCGCCGAAAUCGAAAGACUAAGCACACUCAAGUACGCACGCGGUGUCAUCAUGGGAACAUCUGGUCUCGGACAAGGUCUCGACGACGAGAACCUCGAUCCUGUCUACGCAGCACUAGAAAAGCACCAACAACUCAUCUUCCUCCACCCACACUACGGCCUACCUACAUCCGUCUAUGGACCGCGAGCGAGCGAAUACGGACACGUCCUACCAUUAGCGCUCGGCUUCCCCUUGGAGACAACCAUUGCGGUGACGAGGAUGCUGUUGAGCAGCGUCUGGGAUCGGUUCACAAAGCUCAGCGUGCUGUUGGCACACUCUGGUGGUACACUACCGUUCCUCGCAGGUCGCAUUGAGUCUUGCAUCUUGCACGAUGGUCACCUGAAGAAGCAUGGCAAGACACAGAACAGGAGGGAUGUGUGGGAUAUCUUGAAGACAAAUAUCUACCUUGAUGCUGUCAUCUACUCGGAGGUUGGACUGAAGGCCGCUCUCGAUGCAUCAGGGUCUGAUCGGUUAUUGUUUGGCACUGAUCAUCCAUUCUUCCCACCGCUCGAGGAAGACGCGAAGGAAUGGCACAGUGUUAACGCGAACUAUGGGGCUAUCUCAAAAGCCUUUUCAACGGACGACAAGAAAGCACAGGAUGUUCUUGGUGGAAAUGCAGUACGGAUAUUACGAUUAGACUGAUGAUAGCAUUUCAAACUCAUGCAAU